GCCUAGCCCGGGCUCCGGCGGCGAAGGCAUGGCGCCGUUGAGGGUCCUGGAGUUGUACAGCGGCAUCGGCGGCAUGCACCACGCGCUGAGAGAAAGCUGUAUACCUGCACAGGUGGUGGCCGCCAUUGAUGUAAACACUGUUGCUAAUGAGGUAUACAAGUAUAAUUUUCCUCACACACCAUUACUGGCCAAGACAAUCGAAGGCAUUACACUGGAAGAGUUUGACAAAUUGUCUUUCAAUAUGAUUUUAAUGAGCCCUCCAUGUCAGCCAUUUACAAGAAUUGGCCUACAGGGUGAUAUGACUGAUCGAAGAACAAAUAGCUUCUUACAUGUUCUAGAUAUUCUCCCGAGAUUACAAAAAUUACCGAAGUAUAUUCUUUUAGAAAAUGUUAAAGGUUUUGAAAUAUCUUCUACAAGAGACCUGUUGAUAGAAACAAUAGAAAAUUGUGGCUUUCAGUAUCAAGAAUUUCUAUUAUCUCCAACUGCUCUGGGCAUCCCCAACUCACGGCUCCGGUACUUCCUCAUCGCAAGGCUUCAGUCAGAGCCGUUACCCUUCCAUGCCCCAGGCCAGGUACUGAUGGAUUUUCCCAAAAUUGAAUCUGAACAGCCACAAAAACAUUCAAUAGGUGCAGAAAAUAGAAGUGAUGUAAAGCAAAUUGAACCCAAUACUUGUUUUGAUAGCCCACAGUGCUCUGCCAAAGGUACCAUCCUUUUUAAGCUUGAAACAGCAGAAGAAAUUGACAGAAAAUACCAACAGGACAAUGAUCUGUCUGUGAAAAUGCUGAAAGAUUUUCUUGAAGAAGAAAUUGACAUGAAUCAGUACUUUUUACCACCUAAGUCACUGCUGCGAUAUGCUUUUUUAUUAGAUAUUGUUAAACCCGCCUGCAGAAGGUCCACGUGCUUCACCAAAGGUUAUGGAAGUUACGUGGAAGGGACAGGAUCCGUGUUACAGACUGCAGAGGAUGUACAGAUUGAGACUAUCUACAAAUCCCUUACCAGUUUGCCAGAAGAAGAACAGAUAACAAAGUUGUCAAUGCUUAAACUUCGAUAUUUCACUCCUAAAGAAAUAGCAAAUCUCCUUGGAUUUCCUCCAGAGUUCGGAUUUCCAAAGAAGAUAACCACGAAGCAGUGUUACCGUCUGCUUGGAAAUAGUCUCAAUGUUCAUGUAGUAGCUAAACUAAUCAAAAUCCUGUAUGAAUAAUUUUGAAAUAACUCUGAAAGACGGUUGUGGUAUUCCUUCAUCGCAGAUAAUAAUUCUGAAAUUCUAUUUUGAAUUAACUCUAAUGAAAUCAAAAUAAAGUAUUUUAAUCUCUAAUAAGAAAGUUAGAUAUUAUUCCCAAUUUGCCAAUUGGUUUUAAUAAAUUUAUAUUUCUGUAUUUUUUAUAAAAUGAAAGUUAUUGUUUUUGUCUUAUAGGUAAUAUAUUUUCAUAUGAAACUUGAAUAAGUGUAAAAUACUAUCUUUAUGUGGAAUAUGGUAGAAACAAAUUUAAGAACAUUCAAAUAUUAAUGUCUAUGUGAAUAUUUUAUAAAGUAUCAUACUGUAACAGUGAACCUUUGAAAUAUGUAGUGUAUUUUUAUAUGUUAAUUUAAGAAGUCUUUGGAAUCUUAACAUUUUAUUUUUUGUUAUAUAAUUACACUUAUAAUGCUUUUUUAUUUUAGCCUGUUUCAAAUAAUACUGUUUUACUUAGUCCUUUAAGUGUGACUUAAUCCAAACAAAUGCAUGUAACAUUUUAAAUCAAUUGUCAUGUAACAUACAACAGUCUAAAGAAUAUAUCAGAAAAAUACUCCUGAAUUCUUGAUUAUCUCUCCAAUGGUGGCCUUAGGAAAUGUAGGUGUGUUCUAUACUCAUCUUUUCUUCAGGUCCCAUUUGAAGGUUUCAAACUUACUGCCCCCUCUUCAUCUGCAUGUACUUUGCUGUUAUCAGACCUUGUUUUUGCUUCCUUUUUCUGAUUUUGAGUUACAUUUUCCACUACAUCCUAAGGAAUGUGAGUGUCAUUUAGAUUUUAGGAAGGAAAUGAUCUUCUGACCCCACUCUAUAUGGUGCUGAUUUCUACUCUAUAUCCAAUUCUUUUCACUAUAGUAACAUAUGCCAAGAACUUUUGUAAUGUUUAACUUUCUCCAUCUCUCCUUGUCAAAAGACCAAAAAACUUUUCUUUCUGGUUUUUUGAAAUGAGGUCUAACUAUGUAGUUCAGGUUGACUUUGAACUCAUUAUGUUGAACUUGAUCCUCCUGCAAUGUAAAUGUAGAUUAUAUGACCCAGCAAUUCUACUUCUGGGUAUAUAC